GAAAGUGUCCCAGAGGCGUGUGCGGACCGAUCCGUGCUGUACCGUGCCGUACCGUGCCAUACCCGUGCUAUAUCCGUGUUAUACCCGUGCUAUACUCGCUCUGUUCCCGUUCCGUGCCCGCUCAGGAUGCGCCGCUCCCGGCGGCGCUGGCUCCCAGCGCUGCUGUUGGUCACGGCGGCCGCGUUAGGAACUGGUGCUGUCACCGUGAGGAGGGACAGCUCAGAUGUCUUGGAUGCCAGCUGGGGAAGCAGAGGUGAUGGCUACAUCACUGCUGGUGGCCUCUAUUGCCAGAAGUGCCCUGCAGGCACCUACCUUGUAGAAGAGUGUAAAGUCCAGAACAGCCCUGGCAGGUGUGAGCCCUGUGGAGAUGGGGAAUUCAUGGAAUAUCCCAACGCCUUCCUGUCCUGCCAGGAGUGCUCCAAGUGCAGGGAAGACCAGGUGCAGCUGAGCCCCUGCCAGCCCAACAGGAACACGGUGUGUGCCUGCAAGGACGGCACCUUCUGCCCUCCAGAGCACCCCUGUGAGAUGUGCCAGAAGUGCCAGACCAGGUGUCCUGAGGGUCAGAAGGUGCUGAAACCCUGCACGGCUGACAGCGACCUCGUGUGCGGUCCUGCCACGGACAGCGGCACCCUCAGCAGCUGGGUCAUCGGGGUGAUUGCAGCUGUGGCCUUAGUUGUUAUCAUCUUAGCAAUAUUUGGGUUCUGCGUCUGGAAACGUCGCUGCAGCUCCCCAGAGGAUGGGAGAACCUCGAGCAAGGGACCCUACGAAAUGGUGAGCUCCAUGUUUCGAAAGCUGAAGUACAAGAGUGUGAACACGGGGGCAAGGGACAAUGACGCCAACGAGCAGCGCGAGCCAGAGCCGGAGCCGCCGGUGACGCCACCCAGAACGAGACCCAAGUGGAAUCUGGUUCCAGCGCCGGGGGAGGACCCCAGUCAGAGGCUGCGAGGCUCCUUCUACACCUUCGCCAGGAAGGUCCGCACCGAGCACUGGAAGAAAUUCGGGCGCUACCUGAAGCUGGAGGAGAACGACGUCGUCACGGCCACGAGCGAGGACGGUGUCUAUGAAAUGCUGCUCAAGUGGCAGAGCAGGGAGGGCUCCAAAGCCUCUGUGAACACUCUGCUGGAGACCCUGGACGAGCUGCACCUCGGUGGGGUGGCAGAGAGCAUCGCCUCCCUUCUGGUCCACAAGGGAUUGUUCCAGCACGGGGCUGAAGGCAGCAGCGAACAGGCUGCACCUCCCUCCUUCAAUCUACAACCAUUAAAUACCUCCCAGAACACUUGAAGUGCAGCUGUUCGUAGCUCUGCUUUGGCUCCUGUGCUUUUGAAGCCGUCUCAGAGCUCAGCAGAGCCAGGAUUGAUCCUCAUGGGAGUACGAACCUCGGGGUGCUCUGUGCUGCAGUCACAGAUUUGAUGUUGGUGCUUCCUCACAGAACCCAGGCUUGGUUUCUUCAUCUCACUGGGUCAGAGCAAAAACCUUCAAAAAAAACCUUAAAAAACCCCAUUGUUUCAAGAUGCCAACGGUACUGCCUGGAUCUUCAGCAUCAGCACACAGAACGGAUUUUUCAGGAUUUUUGGCAUCCCUGUGCUUUUGAACUGGAUCAUCCUUGUUCCUGGCGUCAUGAAAUGGCUUCUGCUUCUAGAACACCUCUGAGAAAGCUUCCCUCUGCAUGCUUGGUGGUUCUGCAGGCUCAGCUGGGACGUUGGUUUCUUUUUUUGCUGAAGAAAUAGUGUUCUGCGUUGUUUUGUUUACUCUUUGGAGCCAGUUUGAAACUGGACUUGGAGGAGAGACUGGGAACGAUCCAUUUUUGCACUAUGGUCACUGGGGUUUGCCUGGGGGAAGGGACAGUGCAGGGCUCAGGCUGCUCCAAGCCCCACCCAGACCGACCUUGAAUGUUUGCCAGGAUGGGGCAGCUUUAUCUGGGCAGCUUUUCUGCCGCUGUUUACUCAUCCUGAUUGUGAAAUAGUUCUUCCUAAUACCUAAUCGUUUUAUUUAAGGCCAUUCCCAUGUCCUGGCACUUCAGGGCCUUGCCCAGUGUCCCUCUCCAGCUCUCCUGGAGCCCCUUUGGCCACUGGAAGGGGCUUGAAGGUGUCCCAGAGUUUUCUCUUCUCCAGGCUGGGAGAGCUCCAGCCCUCAGAGCAUCUCUGGAUUUGCUCCACAUUGUCAUUGGAGGCCCCAGAGCUGAGGAGAAAGGAGAAAUCCCAAAUCCCCUGCUGGUCCCCCAUGGCCAGGGGUGGCUGUGCUGUCCCUGUGUCCCCAGGCAGCGUGCAGGGGUGACUGCACUGUGACUGCUGCCCAUCCUCACCCAGGGCAGCUCCUCAAACACUGCCCCUCGCACUGAGCUCAGGUUUUGUUUUUUCUCAGCUGGGGAAAUCACUGGAUUACUUGAGCUGCCCCCCCCAAAUCCACCAGGACCUUCCCCAGUGGGGUGGGAGGGUGGCCAGCACCCUUCCUGCUGCUCCCCCCUUCUCCUCCAUCCUCCAACAAGGUGGUGACACACCAGAGUUUUAUAUUUAAUUUAUUUAGCAAAUGUAAACAUACAUAUAUUAACUUAAAAGCUGUAUAAAAAUACCGUUUUUUUUUUUUUUU